UUCUUCACCUUUUGCUAGUCAAGACUCACAAAGAUCCCAAAAAAAAAAGGAAAAAAAAAAUCCAUUUUUCCGGUUAUGCGCACGUGUCUCAAUUCAAUCACUGAAAUCUGCCACAAAACCCAGCCUAAACCCUUGCCCCAUUUUUCACCUAUCCGCAGUUCCUAUCCACCCAAAGGCCAAAGCGUUCGAGUUCGACGCAGGAAAAUCAUCUGGAGCAGGAACACUUCGCAAUCGCCCUCAGAUUAGCAAAACCCAAUUCCUCACAGCUUUCAAAACUUUCAAUCCAAAUCGUAAAGCAUGAGUUCAUACAACAAUAAUUCCGCCAAUUUGGACAACCUCCUCCUCCAAACCCUCAUGGGCAGGCUCCAAAUCCGCCCUCCACCAAGCCCUUUUCUCUCCCAGUCACUGGAAGAACUCCUCUUCGACUCGACUGCUAUCACCGACGACGACGACGACGAUGACGACGACAGCAAAACCCAGCUCGCCAAAGAAGAAUCUAAGCUCGAGAAAGAGAUUAUCCGAGUCAUCCUUAGCGGAAAGACCGAUACCCUUAAACCCAACACGGGUCAGGCGGUUUCGAUUGGCGAGCACCACAUUUGCGUCGGGUUUCAUGAGGAAACCGGCUCAGAUUACCGGGUUUGGGAGUGGCAUGGGCAUAUAAUGUUGUUUGAUGAAGAGAAUGGGUAUUCGCCCGAGUAUAUUUAUGGGAAUUACUUUGAGAGGCUGAAGGUUAAGCCUGGUGGAAGUGGUGUCGAGAAGGAGGAAAAGGAGGAGAAAGUGAGUAACAUGGGAUUAAAGGAGUUGAUUGAAACGGUAGAUUCGGCUGGUGGUCGGAUUCUUCAUCGGAAUGUGCAGACUGGUUCGCCAAGGUUAGGUUGAGAGGUUUGGCCAGAGUUUGCAAAUAUUCAUCUGAGGAAUGGAGGUCGCACACAGCUCCCAAGGCUUUUUAAUAUCUGGAGAUUGAUUUUAUGGCUUAUUGAUUAGCGUGCUUCCCCUCAGCAUGGUUCCAAAGAUCCAGGCAGCGUGUUUUCAUAGUUUUAAAUUUGAAUUCAAAUACGAGUUGCAACUGUUGAAGAUGGGAGACUGAUGUGUACUGCUAGGUUUAAUUUGGGUUUAAUUGAUAAGCAGAGUAACUGUAUGAGUCUGUUAUCUGCAUGUAUAAAUUUUGUUUGAGAUGCUUUUGGUGUCGGGUGGUUUGAUAGUUGCCUGUGAAUAUUGGAUGGUUUGUAUUUUUAGUGUCGUGCGCUUUUUUGGAACCGUAAA